AGGGCGUUUAUAAUUAUAUCUAAUUAUAUCGAGUCACUACCUACAUUUUGCACUGUCCCUCGAUCUGAGCCAGGCCGUCUAAAAUGAAGAAACAUCUCAUUCAUCUGGGUUACAUUGUCCUGGUUGUAACUGCACACUUGACAGCUCAGUCUCAAGGUACAAAUCCAUCACUCACACUGACUGUUGAGGGAGGAGGGAGUCUGGUUGGUGAACAAUGUCCUGGAACUGUCAAGAUCUCAUGCAUUGGAAUCGACUUGUCGAUUUUAAGGUGGAGAUUCAAUGGGAGCACAGAUGUAGUAACAUUUUUCUCAGACAAUGUGGCACCUUCUCCAUUCACAAAUAAUCCAGCAUUUAUAAGUGCCAAGCUACUGUCUGCAGCACCAGAUCAUCUGGAUCCAAACUUUGCUAACUUUUCUUCAGAACUUGUUGUAGAUGUGUCAAAACUGGAGACAGAGAGUGUAACAAGUAUUACUUGCGGUGAGCCAGAUACUUUCAAAAUGAUUCCAGUAGAUGUUGAGAUCAUACAACAAACUGAGCCAGAGAGUCCCAAUGGAACUAAUGUGACAGCUCUCUAUGAAGAUGGAUCCUUGACAGAUGUCACUGUUUCUUGGGAAAAACUGGAAGCACGUUGUCCUGUAUUUCAGUCUUCUUUAGUUUAUCAAGUUCAGUUUGGCUUUAGUGUCGUUGCAGUAAAUCACACAAGCUGUGGAGAAGUGUGUAUCGUCAACUUCCAGAAUUUUUCUGAUGCUUCUGAGGAGGAUAGGGUAUCACUAUCUGCUGUGAAUGUAAUCGGGGCCAGUAAAGUUGUUGAACAUUCAACCCUCAUCGUGAAACAAAGCAGCUUCUACUUCACACCUAUUUUCCUUUCAAACGAUUGUCUGUUUACUUGUGAAUGCUUGUCAAAUGGAAGUCUGGAUAUAGACAGUUGCAAUGUGUUGUACACGACUGACUCGAUGUACAGGGAUCCAACGAUGAUUGUUUCUCCACUCAAUACGCAAUUUGAAAUAGCUGAAAUUACCACUGACAGAGUCUAUUAUUUUGAGUUCUCCACGUCUGUGAAUGUCACUCUGCUUGUUAGGAACAGACUUACUGAAAAAGCAAUAUCAAGUCCGAGGUUCAGUGCAGUGGUUAUAGUUUUCCUUGCUCUAACCAUUUUGCUUAUCACUGUCGGAACAGCAUUUGGUAUAGUUAUCUGUGUUACAAAGCCGCAGGGGAUUAAAACAAAGAUUGUUUUGUUGGUAUAUCUCUUGGGAAUGUUGAGCUUGAUUUUUCUAGUUGUUUUCUCCAUUAUCACUGGUGUUCAACAAGACACAUGCAGUCUGGAUUGGAGCAGAGCACGUGAUGCAUUGGUCAUCGUAGCCUUUCUGUUUGCUCUAUUUGGAAAUGCUCUUCUGGUCUGUUUCCUGCUUGCCUCUUGCCAACAGAAAAAGUCCCAGAUGAAUUUGCAGUUUAGCGAAGAUUCCCAGACCAACAUGCAUAGUAUCUCAGAACAAACGGACGCAAUAGCUGAGGAGAAGACAAACAACACUUCAGGGGAUAAUGCACAUUCGGAGAAUAUAAACGGAGAGCUGGAGUCUAGUCAAAACAAAAAGAAGAAAUUCACUGUCUACAAAGUUGUGGUCAGACUUGAGGAUAGGUCGUACUUUGUGUUCAGAAGGUACAGUGAAUUUGAAACUCUUUUUGGCGAAAUUAAGAAGAAGUACCCAUCCAGGGAUAAACUGGUGAAAUUGCCGGGGAAGAAAGUCUUGAAGAGCAAAUUUGAUCCGAAUUUGAUCGAUGAACGUCGCAUUGGGCUGCAUGAUUUCAUUAUCAACCUCAUGAAUAUCCCCAACAUCCUAGAGUUUCUCCCGGUUCGUGAAUUCCUUGCCAUCGACGACCCACGUUCAGCACUCCCCAUCAACGACGAGCCGGCAGACGAACAGAAAGUGAAAGAGGCGGCAAGGGGGGAGCUUGGUGAGAAGGAGGACGCCACUGCCAAGAUCACUGACCUUGACCUGCUCAAAGUUAUUUGGAAGGGAACCUUCGUGAAAGUAUACCUGGGUCGACACAAGGAAACUGGUGCUUUCUAUGCCAUCAAAGUCCUGCAAAAGGAAGCAAUCAUCAAACGCAGCGAGGUUGAACUCAUCAUGGCAAAGAGAAGCAUCGCGAUCCACCCGUUUCUAGUAGGCCUACAUUGCUCCUUUCAGACAAGGACCAAGCUAUAUUUUUUGUUGGAAUAUGUAAAUGGUGGAAGGCUGUCCUCUUAUCAGGAAAGGCUGGAAUAUGUAAAUGGUGGAAGGCUGUCCUCUGAUCAGGAAAGGCAGAAAAAUAAUGUGUUUGAUGAGCGCAGUGCAAGAUUCUAUGCUGCCGAGAUCACCUCCGCCCUCGGGUACUUGCACAGUCUCAAUAUUAUUUAUUGGGAUCUCAAACUUGAAAACAUUCUACUAGACACUAACGGGCAUAUCAUGCUAACAGACUUUGGACUCUGCAAAGAAGAGGUCAAAUUUGGAGAGGCAGUAACAACUUCUGGCACUCCCUCAUACCCUGCCCCUGAGGUGCUCAAAAAGAAAGAGUACGGUUACAGCGUCGACUGGUGGUGUCUGGGCGUGGUAACCUACGAAAUGCUGUACGGGCUGCCACCGUUUUAUUCUGAAGAUGUUGCUCAAAGGCACAGUAAAAUUUGUCAGAUGUCACUAGAUCUGCAACUACACAUCACGUUCAGUGCUCGAGACUUGCUCGAAAAAUUGCUACAGGACAAACGUGAUCGAUUAGGUGAGAUUGGUGAUGCUAAAGACAUCAAGGCUCACUUAUUUUUCAAGUCCAUCAACUGGGAUGACCUGUUUGAUAAGCGAUUGAAGCCUCCUCCGUUCAACCCUCCGGUAAAGAAUGCCCUCAAACUCGGACCAUUUGGGUCCGAGCUUACUGCCAAGGCUAUUUCUGGCGCACAGAAACACGGCACAGUGGGUUUGCCAUGUGUGAGCAUUGCUGACGACACUUUUAGUGUAAUGAACUAGAUACCAAGUAUUUGUGUGCUCAACGACUGUGUAUCAUUAGUCUGCGAAGCUUAACGUUCGAGUUUCAAUUCAAUGUUUGUAGAUCUAUAAUUAUUGCAUUCAAAUGUGUUUUUCUCAAAUUUUGAUCUAUCUGCACAAAAAC